UACUGAAAAACAAAAUUUCAUGCUUUGAAGUGGAACAUCAUGCUUAAGUUAAAAAAUUAAGUAAAUACAAAUUAAGUAUUUUAAUAAAAUAAAAUUAAGUAUUUUUACAAUACAAGUACUUUUAGCAACAUACUAUUCUAAAUUUAAUGUACUUAAAAUUUUUAUAAAUGAAUUUGAUGCUUAAUAAGCAUUUGUACCGUUUAAUAAAUUUAAUUUACGGUAAUACUAGUAUGUCAUAAUACAGGGACGCAAACCAGUGUUAUUAUUGAUAAAGAUUAAUAACAUAAUUAUAAAUAAAUCAUAGGCCUACUAAAAAAAACUAUUUUCUACUUAUUGAGUUUCAAAAUAUACCGUUUACUAUUGUUCUUUUGAUUCAGUAUGACUGUAUAAUAAUACGUUUCAUUCUUCAGCUAAUUCCAGAUUAUGACCAAAAAACACAUCCAGCUCCACUGCCUUACUACAUUCACGAAGAUAUGGACUUCACUAGUAGCCUGCUUAGACUUCGCGUAUCCUUUAAAUGGCGACCUCGUAUCACUAAAAAUGUCACCGAUACGAUACGGAAAUGGGUUGAAAUUCAUCAAUCUAAUCGACCUCAUUGGAUUCUAUUAAAUAUGGAAGUUCACCACAUGGUUAAAUACAAGGGAGCAGACUACAAUCAGUACUUGAAGAGCAUGAUAGAGCUUGGGAAAGUACUGGAUCAUUUUUCUAAUUUUAGCAAAGUAAUUUGGCUAAACCAAUACCCUACAAUUGACCCAGCGCAUCAGGAAAUUUUUUCUGAAAAAAUUCACCGCUACAACAAAGACAUCCGAAAUAUAUUGAAUAAUCAGAGCAAUGUUCGCAUUUGGGAUUCCAGCAACUCCUUGGCCGAAGAAUACGUUCGUAGUUGUGCUGUUAAUUUUCAACGUGAUGAAGUGCAUGGUGAGUAUUUUGCAAAAUAUGUAACAUGCAAAGAUUUUAUCCAUUUUGGUAACGCUGCUCUCUCACAAGCGACUCAAAUACUGUUUAAUGAUAUUUGUAAUUCCAAAAUAGAGAUUACAAGUGAUGAUAGGGAAAAUCUAUAGACCACGGUGGCACACAUUAUUUUCUUUUCGAUAUUUAACAUAAACAUUUAGAGCAGCGAUAGACUACCACAUCCACCCUAUUUCAAGUAGUUUUAAACUUUUAUCAGUACAGACGUAAAAAAAAGAGUUAUGAUAAGUUAUCAUGAUAAUCUACAGAAGCAACAUCAAAGUUGUAAAACACAAUUCAAAUAAGUGUUAAUUAUUUUGAAUAGACAC